CAGUAACACCAAAAGCAAUCGAAGACCUGAAGAAAAGUGUGUCACUUCUGAAACUUCCCAGAGAACAUACGCCCAGGGUUUGAACUGUGUGGAGGGUCUAAGAACAUGGCAGAUAAAAUCAAGAAGUUUUUCCAGAAGAAAAAAGCAGAUGCAAAGUUUAAGCUCGCGGGACCCGGUUACAAGCUCUCUGAAACUACGCCCCGCCCGGAGCCGGAGACCUCGCGGUCCGUCCAGGCACCUUCCCGCGCGGUUCCUUCAGAUGAAGCAAAGCAGGCAGCCGCGGCGGCCCUGGCGCGCCUCGGGGGUCAGCGGCGAGACACCGCAGCGUUCAACACGUCGCUAGCUGCCAUAAAGGCCCAGGUGCGGAAGGAACUGGAGGCGGAAAGCAAGAACAGUUCAGUGAAGGAGACUGCAGAGGAAUCACCUGGCGCGUCUCGGAGCGACAAGAGCGAUGGCUCCGCCUCGUCGUUUCUGGCUAUCAGUGGGGUGUACUUCAAAUGUCCUAUGGUCGGCCCGGAAGUGUUGUCGAAGGAGGACUGGAAUGCGAAGAUACGGGAGUUCCUGUACGAGCAGCUUGGGGAGGAGCGGGGGCUAGCCGCGGCUCUCAUCAUACACACCCUCAACAGGAGCAAGGAGAAGGUGGAGCAGUGCGUGGAGACCCUGUGCAAGUACCUGGAGAACAUAGUCCAGCACCCGGAGGAGGAGAAGUACCGGAGGAUCCGGGAGUCCAACAGGGUGUUCCAGGAGCGGGUGGCCGGGGUGGAGGGCGCCCGCGACCUGCUGCUGGCCGCCGGGUUCCGGGAGCAGACGCUGCCCCACCGGGACGGGGAGGAGAAGUUCCUGGUCUUCUCCCCGGACAACGUGGAGGGCUUGGACUCCCUGCAGGUUCUGUGCGACGCUCUGCGCAGCGCGGAGCCCGUCACCCUGGAGCUGGACCGCAGCCUGCAGGUGCUGCUGCCCUCGCAGGCGGUCGGCCGGACGGAGCUGCCCCCCGAGUUCUUCUGCCUCUCCCCGGAGGAGCUCAAGCGCGAGAUGAAGCAGAGAAGCGAACUGGUGGACAAAAGCAUGAUGAUGAGAACGAAGGCAAUGAGGGAGAAGGAAGAGCAAAGAGAGAUGAAGAAAUACAGAUAUGCGCUCAUACGCGUGCGCUUUCCCGAUGGCAUUCUGCUGCAGGGAACCUUCUCAGUAUACGACAGGGUCGAGUCCAUCGUGGAGUUCGUGAGGGAGAACCUGGUGAUGGAGGACCUGCCCUUCGUGCUGACCACGCCGACAGGUCACCGGCUCACCGCGGAGGAGGACAGGUCCCAGACGCUGCUGGACGCCAGGCUGGUGCCGGCCAGCGUCCUCGCGUUCUCCCUGGACCCGUCCGUGGACGACAGCGUGAGGGCCGGCCUGGAGAUGUACUUGAAGCCCGAGGUGAUGGUGCUGGCCGGGGAGCUCUAGCCAGCACGUGCGAAAGUUAUCAUACCCUUGUAUAAAUUGUUACGCAAUUUACAGUCGAGUUAUUUUUGUAUGUACGCGUGUAGUUAACUUUCAUGAAUUGUGGAUCUCUUUUACGCGGGGAUGGAUCUGGGUUUUUCUUUCACCCGGGGGCAGAAGAUGUGACCGGCUUCCCCCUCCCCCCUCCCCCCUCCCCUUCCUACGCCGAGCGAGAAUAAAACGUACCGGGCAAGCGGCUGUCUCGGUCCGAUGUCCGAACUCCGAAUAACCUGUCGCUGUGCUCGGUGUAACCUGAGCCUGCGUCUACCCGUCUAUACUCGCUCCCUCGCCUGCAUUCCUUCGUCCUCAACGGUCUCUGCGCAGGGUUGCCAUGAAAAACUAGGCAAUAAAGAUCGCAGUUGGAAACAUGACCAUUGGUAGAGACAAGAUUUUAUGGUUUUAUUUUUAGUCCAAUUUUGUUUCGAAAACGGAAGAUUUCUGUAAUAUUGUUUUGUUUUUGUUUCUAAAAGUGCUUUUUUUUUUAAUACUCAACAAAUAUAUAUUGCAUUUUUAUGAUAAAAUUUUUUUUUAAUAAUUUGGUCUAAAACACAUAAAAUUUAGAACAAUUACAAUAAAUUCAAUAAGAGGUGCACAAUAAAAAAAUUAAAUUAAUUUUUCUGAUCUAUGCACUUAUUACAAUCUUGUGUCCAGAAAUAAUGACAUUCCUUGAAUUCCAAACAUUAAAAGAUUACUUAUUUUGAUGUUUUGAAUUAAAUUCUGUUUAGUUCCAUUAUAUAACUUGGAUUUCGGUGUAAUGCUGUGUAUUUACAAGCUUCUCGGAGUUAUUUCUGUUUUAUCACAAUCCACAAUUUCAUCUUGUCCCUAGUAAUGAGUAAAAUAAAAAUAUUAGUAGAUAUUGGAUAAUUUUUUUUUCUAGUCAUCUUUUAUUUCACUCUUUUUACAGACUACAAAAAAUUUGUCGGCCCCUAGAUCCAUCCUUGUCUUUACCCUUAGCAACAGUCUAACUUGCGCGAUGGAAAAAUUCAGAAAUGUAUCACUGAAAUAAAAAUAUUUGAUGCUGUUA